CAGGUCUUCGGCAGAUCCGCGAAUCCGCAUGCAUGUUGGGCCCAUCCCACAUCUCUAAAAGCUUGAUUGCAUUCAACAAAUCAGUAACAUCGUCUAUGGAAGCACUAGCAGAAGAUAUCCAACCGCACGAUAGCAAGACGGAUCAGAACUCAGAGGGGAAGCAGCCUGCAUAUCACUCGGAAGCUUGUGCCUGCGAGACCGCAACGCCCAAGUCGAUUGCAAGUGUGCCUGCCAGUCUCGAUGCGCGUACAGCGACGCCAACAGGGUGCUGCUCGUUAAAGUCAGGCGUUCUGCGACCUGAACACUGAAGCCGAGUCUUGGCUGUCUGUGCGCUGUAGUGGAUCUUGACGCUUUCGCAAUUGCGUCCGUCUCUCAGUCGCCCCAUCGGUGUCUGUGAGCGGGUGCAGCGUCAAAGUCGCUACCACGUCGCGGACGUCGACACCCAACAUUUCCCGGCGGACAUCUCCCCGGCCAGCGGUGGCCUCCAGCACCAUGUCUGGCCCCCAAGCAGGUCAGUCCGCUUCCGUCGGGACAGGAAGGGUGUAUGACUCCAGCGCUUUCAGCGACAACGCGGAAGCGACACCUCCGCCUGAAGGCUCCAUCUGCCUCAAUAUGCCGAUGGGCAUCUCUUCUUCAAUGCCUUCACGUUCGCAUUACUUUCUGUCAAGAUCCGAGAUCAUGAAAGGAGCAGCGAACAGAUUUGUACAUUCAACAGCCUACCUUUAUCUCUACGCCGGGAUGGCGUUGGCCUCCUUCGCGACCGUCAUGCUCUCGCUUGCGCAAGAUUGCCCCGGGCCUUUGUUUUACAGCCUUGAGCUGGUGAUCAACAUCGUGCUUAUUGCCGAGGUCAGCAUGCGAUGCUUUGCAUUUGGGAAUCAAUUCUGGAAGUCCACCUUCAAUAUUGUCGAUCUCUGCUUGGUCUUACUAUGCGCCAUCACGCUGGUCAUCAUUUUCUUCAACCACGAUUGUUCGCAUCGACGUCCGCCUUUUCGGGGAGGGGCCGAUGAUGAUGGGGAACAUCGUUCAGGUAGGGGAGAAGAGCUGCUCGACUCGCUGCUCUUAAUCGUACGGAACGUCGCACAGUGCGUGCGCCUGCUCUCUGUCGUGCGGCGAUCAGGCAGCAACGUGACCAGUCGCGUCCCCGCAAUCGACCUCAAUGCCGCCCGUGGGUAUAGCAUCGAUUUCGACCUGGAGGACGAGGGAAAUCGUGCGAGGGAGCGCAUGGCCUUUGGCGGCGAUCGUGCGGCGCAAGAGCGCGUGGUCAUUUCUGGCAAGCCCGGGCGACCCACCGAGGAUGAAAGGGCUGCGUUGUUUGACAUGGACGAUGAUGAAUUAUAGCCAUAAAUCCUUUUAUGCAGCUCAUUGAAUCUCUCUGCUCGAUGAUAGCGCAGCAGAAGUGUACGGAAAGCUACGCGGGUCAGGCGAUCAAAAUGAGGAUCUAUGAU